AUGUCGUAACUUCUCCCCAAAUUGAAAUUAUUGAUACUUUAUUGCCAGAAAAAUUUCGUCCCUUUAUUGGUACAAUGAAUAUGCACCAGUACACUUGGAGUAGAGAAAACUCUGGCCUAAUAUUAUUCAACUCGUUAAUGUGUCUCGACUGUCAACCUGGCACAAUGUGUGAACAUUUUUCGAUGGGAGAAAUAAACUACAAUGAUAAUCGAUUAAAAUUAGCUUCUCCAAAAGAAAAGAAAACUUUAAAAAGAUCUCAGAAAGUCUCUGUAGUCGCUGAUGAAAUUAAAAAACCCAAAGUUGUUCCAAAUAGAUUUAGGCAAAACAAUAUUCUAACUGCUAGCUCUGACGUCACGCGAGACGAGAGAUAUAUGUGUUACAAGCCAAUGCUUGGGCCUCUCUAUCGUUUGUUUGAUCAUGCCUCUCUAUCGCUUGUUGCGCGCUCUCGCUUGCACGCA